AUGCCCACUGUCAGCGGCGAACCUCAGUCUCUCGACGAUCCCCUCGGACUAGGCAAGCUACAGAAGAUCGUCGCACGCGCUGUCCAAGAUCUCAAGCCUUCCAACCGUCAGACUCACUUCCACGCCCGCAGAGCCAAGAGUCCAAACAGGGUCGCUGUCAAUGAGCAGAUCCUGCACCAGGAUCUCGAGGAGGGCCUCGAUGAGCUGUCCAAGUCAAAGGGAACAUCCAGAGACGAGCAGGAUCGGGAUCUGGCAAAGCUGGUCAACGCAUUCAUCGGUACAGAGGCCAACAGCAACCCUGGAAACGUCUGCCCCGGUGCCUCGACCCCGUAUGGCAUGGUCAAGUUCAAUGUAGACGUCGACCAGUACGCUCCUGCCGGGUACGUCACUGAUCUCACCGGCGACAUCCGAGGUCUCUCUCCCCUGCACGACUCGGGCACAGGCUCAUCCGCUGGGUCCUUUGGCAACUUUGAGUCUAUGCCCAUCGUCUGCCCCGAUAAUGACUUCAAGAAGUGCCCCACUCGCCUAGACGACCGAAAGCGCAAGCGUCUUGCUGGCAAGGACGAGGCUUCGCCUGGAUACUUUACCCUCACGCUCGACAACUCGAUCAAGAUGGAGGCUACAGCCACUCGACGCGCUGGUCUCAUCCGCUACACUUUCCCAAAAUCGGCUCUCGACGGCGGUAAGCUGGACCCACAUGUUGUUCAGGACUGGACCAACGAUCUGCCUGGUACAUUCCGAGGAGGUGACAUCCAGCUCGACGCAGAGAAGGGUCAGAUGCGGAUGAAUGGAAGUUGGGCCAGCUCUUUUGGCGUAGGUCAGUACACCUACCGAGCCUUUAGCUGUGUCGAUCUGCUCAACAACGGCAAGCAGAGCAUCAAGAAGGCCGGUCUUUGGCAAGGAGAUCGAUUCGGACAAGACACCAAGCUGGAGAUUGAGGGAGACCACAAGCAACUGCAUGCCAAUCUCACCAAGAACUCUAUCGGAGGCCAGCCUGUGCAAGCUGGUGCCCUUGUCUCUUUUGGCAGCUUUCCCACGACGAGCGAUGGAUCUGCUGAGAUCACCCUGCGAAUGGGAAUCAGUUUCAACUCUGCUGAGCAGGCUUGCGCCAACGCUGCUGAGGAGAUCGGUGACGCAUGGGACUUUGAUGCUAUCGUCAAGCAGACUCGUGAAGCAUGGAACGUCAAGCUGAAUCGCUUCCAGAUCGACCCCAAGACUGACAAGACGAUUGCUGAGCUGUUCUACUCGUCUCUCUACUACGCUUUCCUCACCCCAAACAAUGCCACCCUUGAGGCUGGCAAUCUAUACCCAGGUGCUGAAGACUACGAUGGCAAUUACUACAACUCACUCUACUGCACAUGGGACACCUACCGUACCUUCCACCCCUUCCUGUCGCUCAGCUCUCCCAACGAUAUGGCGGAGAUUGUCGACAAUUACAUUGACGGCUGGAGAAAGAACGGCUGGAUCCCUGAGUGCAGAGCGAACAAUGUUCCCGGACUGACACAGGGAGGCUCCCACGGAGUCAUGGUCAUCGCCGACUUCCUGGCCAAAUACCACAAAUUCGCCAAAGAGGGAAAAGUACCUGUCAGUAUUGACGAUGCCUACGAAGCCGUCUUCAAGGACUCGUACGUCACUCCAGAGGAUUGGAACUCCUACGGUCGACAGAUCUCCGUGUACGAACAGUACGGCUAUAUUCCCUUUGCCGUCUUCGACACCUACUCUACUGGUCGCCAGACCCGUGAAGCCUCUCGUGGACUCGAGUAUGCUCACAACGACUUUGGCGCCAGGACCGUGGCCCUCAUCGCUGGACAUGAAGAUGUGGCUAAGGAUCUCGGUGAACGAUCUCUGACGUACAAGAACAACUUUGACCCUUCGGUCACCUCGAUGGGGUUCUCCAACUUUGUGCAGAAGAGGUACCCGGAUGGAUCAUUCCACUAUGACGACCCUACCAUCUGCUCGCCGAUCGACCACGGCAAGGAUCGCCAGUGUUCGCUUCCUCAAGAGAACGUAUGGGGCGUCUACGAGACCUCGUCCUGGGAGUACAGUCUGUACUGCCCCUGGGACGAAGCCGGCCUCAUCACACUCAUCUCCAACGACAGUGUUCAAAACUUCCACGAUCGUCUGGACACAUUCUUCGAAAAGGGCCUCUACUACUCUGGCAACGAGCCCUCUUUUUCGACUCCUGUCAGCUACCACUACAUCUCCCGCCCCGUCUCUUCGGUGAAGCGUGUCCGCCAAGUAGUCUACGACAACUUUAACACUACCACCAGCGGUCUUCCAGGCAACUCGGAUCAGGGAGCAAUGCAAACCCUGCUUCUCUUCCAUCUGCUAGGCCUCUAUCCCGUCCCAGCAACCAAGGAGUUCCUCAUCCUCUCCCCCUUCAUGCCUUCCUACACGAUCCGCAAUGAGCUACUGGGAGAUCUCCACGUGACCGUGACCAACUUCGAUGCUCGCUCCCUCGCCCGCUCUAUCCCCUCUGGCGUACCAGCCUACGUGGAAAAGGUACUGAUCAAUGGAGUCGAGAGGAGUGGAAGGUGUAAAGUGGAGAUGCAGGACUUGUUCCCUGGUCAAAUCGGGCAGGUCAAUGAGAUGGAAAUUGUUCUCACGGCCGAGGAGGGGAAAGUGGACAAUUGUGGGAAGAGCAAGGAGGACCUGCCUAGCUCGCUCUCCACUGGUGGAUUUGCCAGCUUUUGA